UACUGAGUGCUUACGAUGCAGUUUUCCUGGGGAAGCGGCCUCGGAUUCCGGCGUCUGCUGUUACUGCUUCUGCUCCUCGCAGCGUGGGGGGCGGGGAGAAUCCAGGUCCACUACUCAGUCCCCGAGGAGGCCAAACACGGCACCUUCGUGGGCCGCAUCGCGCAAGACCUGGGGCUGGAGCUGGCGAAACUGGUGCCGCACCUGUUCCGGGUGGCGUUCAAAGGCCAUGGGGACCUUCUGGAAAAUCUGCAGAACUGCAUUUUGUUUGUGAAUUCUCGGAUAGACCUCGAGGAGCUGUGCGGGCGGAGCGCGGUGUGCAGCAUUCACCUGGAGGUGAUCGUGGACAGGCCGCUGCAGGUUUUCCAUGUGGAGAUGGAAGUGAAGGACGUAAACGACAACCCGCCGGUGUUCCCGACGACACAAAAGAAUCUUUUUAUCACGAAAUACAGGCCGCUUGACUCUCAUUUUUCGCUAGAGGGCGCGUCCGAUGCAGAUAUUGGGGCCAACGCUCUGCUGACUUACACACUGAGCCCCAGUGAAUAUUUUUCUCUAGAAAAACCAUCCAGUAACUUGCAGGUAAAACGUCUCGGGCUUGUAUGAAGAAAACUUUUAGACAGGGAAGAAGUUCCCGAGCUCUUUUUAGUGCUUACGGCCACUGAUGGGGGCAAAGCCAAGCUGAUUGGAACCGUUCAGUUAGUCAUCACAGUGCUUGAUGCCAAUGACAACACCGCAGCUUUUGACAGAACACUCUAUACAGUGAAAUUACCAGAAAAUAUUUCUAAUGGAACGUCAGUAAUUAAACUAAACGCUUCCGGUUUAGACCAAGGCUUGAAUGAGAAUAUUAUUUAUUCAUUCUCAACUGAUACUUCACCAAAUGUGAAAUCCAAGUUCCACAUAGAUCCGAUUACUGGAGAAAUUAUAGUAAAGGGAUAUAUAGAUUUUGAAGAAAGCAAGUCCUAUGAAAUUCUUGCAGAGGGUGUUGGUAAGGGACAGCUCCCACUCUCUGGCCAUUGUACAGUUAUGGUGGAAGUUGAAGAAAAUGAUAAUCUUCCAGAUUUAGAAUUCAAAUCUCUGUCACUUCCAACCAGAGUGGACGCUCCACUGGGCACUGUCAUCGUCCCGAUCAGCGUGUCCAACUGUGACUGUGGUGCCAACGGGCAAGUGACCUGCUCCCUGAUUCCUCAUGUCCCCUUCAAGCUGGGAUCUAACUUCAAGAAUUAAUAUUCGCUGGUGCUGGACAGCGCCCUGGACAGCGAAAGCAUGUCGGACUAUGCGCUGUUGGUGACAGCAUGGGAUGGGAGUUCACAUUCUCUGUCAGCCAUAGCCAAAGUGUCGGUGGAGGUGGGCGAUGUGAACGACAAUGCCUCCACUUUUACACAGCCCCAUUACACUGUGUUCGUGAAGGAGAACAACCCGCCGGGCUUCCACAUCUUCACAGUGUCUGCACACGACGCGGACGCACAGGAGAACGCGCUGGUGUCCUAAUCGCUGGUGGAGCGGCGGGUGGGCGAGCGCGCGCUGUCGAGCUACGUGUUGGUGCACGCCGAGAGCUGCAAGGAGUCUGCGCUGCAGCCGCUGGACCACAGAGAGCUGGAGCUGCUGCAGUACCACGUGAGCGCGCGCAACGCGGGCUUUCCGCAUCUGGGCUGCAACGUGACUCCGCAGGUGUUCGUGCUGGACGAGAACGACAACGCGCCAGCGCUGUUGCCGCCUGGGUCAGGCGGCGAGAUCGGCGCAGUGAGCCAGCCGGUGUCUCGGUCUGUGUGCCCUGGCCACGUGGUGGCGAAGGUGCGUGCGGUGGACGCAGACUCCGGCUACAACACGUGGCUGUCUUACGAGCUGGAAUCGGCAGCGGACGGUGUGCGCAACCUGUUCCGCGUGGGUGCGUACACGGGCAAGGUGAGCACGACGCGCGCCCUGGACGAGGCAGAUGCUCCACGCCAAAGCUUGCUACUGCUGGUGAGGCACCACGGGGAGCCGCCGCUGGUGGCCACGGCCACAGUGCAGGUGUCGCUGGUGGAGAGCGGCCAGGCGCUGAAGACGUCAUCGCGGGCGUCGUCUGGCUCCUUUGGCCCCGAGGCGGCGCUGGUGGAUGUCAGCGUGUACCUGAUCAUCGCCAUCUGCGCAGUGACCAGCCUGUUGGUGCUCACACUGCUGCUGUACACGGCGCUGCGAUGCUCGACGCCGCCCACAGAGGGCGCGUGCGGAUCGGGAAAGCCCACGCUGGUGUGCUCCAGCACGGUGGGGAGCUGGUCGUACUCGCAGCAGAGGCGGCAGAGGGUGUGCUCUGGAGAAGGGCCGCCCAAGACCGACCUCAUGGCCUUCAGCCCCAGCCUCCCACCCUGUCCUAUUGCAGCGAAUUUGGGCGAACUUCAGGGUUUAAAUGAGGAUCAUUGUGCCAGAGUAAGUGUGAAUUUUCAUAAUUAACAAUUAACACUUAUUCAUUUGGAAUUUUCACAAUUCUUUCUCCUAGGUCUAUUUUUUACCCAUCUACAUAUUUCAGGAUAUUUGCAAAGUAUUUGUGUCUCUUAGUUUUAUUUGUGUUCAUUAUUGAAAUCUCAUUGGCAUGUUAUAAUUUAAUUUUAAGUGGAAUAAGACUUUAUUAACUACAUUCUACAUUUUAAGUUUUCUGUCUUCAAUCUCAAACUUUCCUUGAAUAAGUACACUUAUGGUGUAUGCUUUAUUGACAUAGGUGGAAGUAUUUUUUUCUGAGUAAUAAUCUCAAAUUUUCAUUUCUUUGCGUCUGAACUUCCUUAGAGUUAUUUUGCAUUUAUUCAUUUUUGAAUAUAUUGACAUUUUAACCACCUUAUCAUUUUCCUUUUCAAGUAUUAUCUGUGGAUGAUUUUUAUUUAGCCAACAUGUUCAAUUUGUCAAUGUUGUAUAAAAAUUCCUCCCUUCAUAACUUAUUUUCUAAACUCCUCUUUUGGUCUGAUGAUCCCAGGAGACACUAGGGUUCAUUUAUUGUUGCUUUUUAAAUCCAUUUAGGGAUAAAGGACAGAACAAUAAUUAUCAGACUGAAUGUUUCUGAUUGGGAUGAAGGAGCGAAUGGGGAGAUUUUAUGCUCUUUCAAAAUCCUUGUUUCACCAAUGAGUGUUGCCUGGUUUAUGAUAGAUAGAUCCAAAUACUGGAGAAAUUCAAGGGGAUUUUGGCUUUGAAAAAGUAUAUUCCUAUAAAAUCUGCUUUCCUCUGAGACUGUAACUCUUACAUUUAUGUUUGAAUUUCAUUAGGGGUUCUUUUCAUACAGAGUCAGUUUAAACUUAUU